AUGGUCUCAUUUUGUACAACAACCACAAAAAAUCCGUCAUCUCGUCGUCAAAAUGUCAUUUUAAAAACGACAUUGUUCUCAACACAACCAAAGAAACUAGCGCUUGUGUUUGUACAUGUACAGCUACAUCGCAACAUUAUUACACAAAAACCAAGGGUAAAAAAAAAGGAAAAGGGUAAAAAAACCACCAAGAUAGAAAUCAACCAAAGCCAGUUGCGCGAAAUUGUAAAUUACGAUGCUAUAAAUAAACAAAUGCAAAAGGCCAUGCAGCAAAUGAAAGACGACUUCCUUCUGCAUUUAUCACUACGUUCAACAACAGGUGCUAUAGAUACACUACGAAUUACAGUUGAUGGCAAGGAGCACGAGAUACAAGAAUUGGCACAAAUUUCAAGGAAAAAUCCUAAAACUAUUGUUGUUAAUAUGAUAGCUUUUCCCCAAACCAUACCAAACGUUCUAAAGGCUUUAGAAAAAAGUGGAAUGAACUUAAACCCACAACAGGAUGGAACAACACUCUUUAUACCUAUACCAAAGUUAACAAAAGAACAUUGAGAGAAACUUUCCAAGAAUGCAAAAAAUCUAUUUACUAAAUAUCGGGACACAAUAAAGGAUAUUCAAAAUAAUAGCAUUAAAAAAUUAAAAAAGCAAAUCGACAUUUCCAAGGACGAUAUGUUUUCGGUACAAAAUCAACUAACUGUAACUGAUCAGUAUAUUGCAGAAGCUGAUAAAAUUCUCCAAACUAGACAAAAGGAAUUAAUUGGAGACUCGUAAAUUACCAUCAACAUUUCAAUUAUAGACUGAAUAAAAUUGAAAAUUAAUUGUUUCUUUAAAUAAAACUCA